AAAGUUACACGCUCACUGCCCACCUUUAGACUUGGCCUCUGAAGGGUCACAGAGAACCUGCGAGAGUCUGCGAGCAAAACCACCGCCACUGCCGGGGGGAGCUGGAAGCUGCUGGGCACGAAGAGGCUUUGGACACUUACCAGACCAUCAAACUAAUUUACAAUGAAGUCGACAUGUCUGGUCAUCCUGGCUUCUCUCACGAUCUGCAACUUGGCGGUGUCUGGAGGACAGAGCAUCUCUGCCGAGGAUGAGACGGACCGAAUGAGCGUAGACGACCUGAUACUGCAGAGAGCAGAGGGUCUUCUCCUACGAUCCAUCCUCCAGAAGCUGCAGGAUGAGGACGGGAGAAACGAAGGCUAUACCUCUCAGAACGAAUGGGUGACAAAACGACAGCACCCCGGUAAGCGGUACAGCGAGGACCUGGAGAAGCGGCAGCAUCCCGGCAGGAGGGAGGAGGACGAGGACGAGCAGUUCCUGGAUGCGCAAAAGAGACAGCACCCGGGUAAGCGCGAAGACGACAUGCACUCUCUGCUGGGGCUCCAGAAAAGACAGCACCCCGGGAAGCGCUUCACCAUGGAGCACAUCUCUGACAACCCCUUCAGUGAAUUCUCCAAACGGCAGCACCCGGGGAAGCGCUACCUGAUGCUGCACAGCAAGCGCCAGCACCCAGGUAAGCGUCACCCCGAGUACGAGGACGGCGACUGGGACUGGGAGGCGGAGGGAGAGGAGGACCUGCCGGGCGUGGAGAAGCGGCAGCACCCCGGGAAACGCUUUUGGGAUAACUCCAGCCCGGACAUGGGCACAAACAGUCCGUGCGAUGUUUUGGACCCCGCGAGUUGCGGCAGCAAGACGAGUCUGCUCCUCGACUUUUUAGACAACAUCAACAAGAGUCACGCGGAGGAGAAGAGACAACACCCGGGUAAAAGGCUCGCGCCGGAGGAGGAUUUAGUGGAAGGAGAGUAGCUCGAGCGGAUCUGCUGUGCGUUUACUUCUGUGUUGUAAACCAAUAAAUGUAUAAAUCACCUGCCAUAAUGAAUUAU